AUGGUACAACUCACUGCAACAACAAGCCUCGUGCUCCUCUCUCUCCUACUGCCUUCUGCUCUAGCAGCAGAUGAUCUCUCUCAGAGCAUCGUCGGCUGCAACGACCUCUCCUGUCCCAAAGAAGGUGCCGACGACCGAUGCACCGUUGACGACCACACCUUCCUCGGCGUCGGGCUGGCUCGCAUCAUAGACGCCCCGUCCUCGCUAGAGGGCAUUUCCCUGGUCAAAGGCGUGAACGUGUCUGCUGGCGGCGCGGGAAGCGACAACGACAAGCCCACUCGCCCCUUCACCUCAGUCUACUACCUGGGAACGCCAUCGGACGUCAAGACAAGUAACCUGUCUGGCUGCGCCGUGAUCUUCAACGAUCCGCCCUCGAGCAAAUUCGACGGCGCCGACCUAGAAGGUAACACCAGAAACAAGACCGACACUCGCGCCGCAUACGGCACCUGUCCGGACGUAGUGGACCAGAGGUGCAUCAACGCGCUGACCAAGCGGGCCAGCGAGGUUGCGGAUGAUGCGGACAGCAACCCGUGCUCUGCGCUGGAACGUGAGCUGAAAAAGGAUGAUCUUGACGACUGCAAGAACCUGGGUGGCGCAGGCAACGGGCUCGGUAACUUCACUGUUACUUCGUUUGGCGAUCUCAAGUCUGUGAGCAACUCGUCGGCCGAAUGCUGGCCUAUUACGCCCAAGUCGGACGGACUGGCUGAGAUUGCGGUUGAGACUUCUCACUCCAAUUACACCGCCUCAGCGCUCAUCGACGAGGCCUACAAAAUCACCCCCGUCCUGACCGUCUUCCUAUCGGGCAACGGCAGCGCCGUCGAUGAGACCUCGUCGCAGCUGACCUGCCUGAAGGUCGUGACAAAGGAAAACGCCAGCGAGGCCGAGAAUGGAGAGUCUAGCUCUGCGUCGGCGCUGGAAAUCAGCGGCGGGGUGCGCGCUGCAGGAAUGGCCGUUUUGCUGGGGACUGUGCUCGCUACGAUAUAA